AUGGAUGCGAGUUUAAGGCUUUUAGCCGCACUCAUACUGAUCGCACUGUGUAAGCAGGCCGCACUGCUUGAGGUGUCCACCCACCAUAGACACAAUGAAACCAGUAACGGCGUUAGCCGCAGCACAUUGCUCGAGAACGGCUUCACGCGCACACUCAAACACAUUUACGGCAUAUGCGGCGAUCGGGACGAUCUCUUUUGGUGCUUCAAAGUGCAGGCGACGCGCCUGCUGGGACGCGCGCUCAAGGUGCAGAAUAUAAAUAUUGUCGAGGGCGUGACGAUUGUCAAGAAGGUGGACAAUGAGACGCGUACGGGGCGCGCAAGCGCCAACGCUGAACUAAAUCUUAGUAAUCGCGAUCUGGAAAACCUAUCAAUGAAGAGUUUAGAUGCGCUGCUAUUGGAGCGUUUUUUGCGCUUCAUUGAUAGCCGACAACUGCAAGUGAAUUUGCCGCGUCUGCUCAACUUUGGUCAACGCAACGGGCAGGAUUUCUUUAGCGCCGUCACGGCGUACUUUCAGCAAUUCGGUGUCGGCGACGCGGUUGUUGAUACAGCAAACGAGUUUGUAGAAGGACGCAAAAAGAAGGGCGACGAUAAAAAGUAUUUGGGUCCCUUCAUAGCGGCUGUUAUGCUAAAGACGGCCAUACUCAAAAUGGCCUAUCACUCGAUUGCGAUAGUUGCGGGCAAGGCGCUGAUCGUAGGCAAAAUCGCGCUCAUCAUAAGCGCUAUUAUUGGACUCAAGAAACUGGUGUCGGCGGAGGGCGGCGAAAAGACCACUUAUGAAAUUGUCAAACAUCCGCAAGUGCAGCACAGCCAGACCUAUUCAUCGAGUCAUGCGGGAGAAUACGAAGCCGGGCAUGAAGGCGGCUCUUACCAUCGGAGCAUCGAUGAUGAGAUGAUGAUGCAGGAUAAGGCGUACAAUGCUUGGGUGCCCUCGCGUGCGCAGUCGUAA